UCAAAAACACACUUUAUUGAGGCGCAAGGUGUGGUGUGGUAGAAGAACGUCAACUCCAGACGCAAUUUCAUUCAAUAAACAACAAUCGACAUGGCGCUCUAAUACGCGGUGGGAUUCCUACUUUCACUUAUUCAAUUCAAUCCAUUACGCAACACCACCGAAGAAAGGAAGUCGCAAUAAGGACACCCCUUUCUCCUUCCAAACCCUAAUAUUCGCCGUUACGAGUUUGGAGACCUUAUUGUGGUCAUGGAGAGAUCUGAUAGCAAAGACUUGAGUAGCAUCAAUACGCGUUCUUUCUCAGAUGGCAAACUCUUUGAUGCUUCACAAUAUGCUUUUUUUGGUCGACAUUCUAUGGACAAGGCUGAGUUUGGGUGUUUAGAAGAAGAUGAUGAUAAUCCUUCAACUGGAAUUGCUGAUGAUGAGUACCAUUUGUUUGACCGAGAAGAGGAACCAGGUGCAGGAUCCCAAUCAGAGUUAGAUGAUCUGUCAACUAUAUUUUCAAAGAUAAACAGAUCUGUUAGUGGACCUAGGCAUCCUGGAGUUAUUGGUGAUCGAGGAUCGGGAUCUAUUUCAAGAGAAAGUUCAUCUGCAUCUGACUGGGUACAGGAUAGAGAUCUACCGGAGUGGUUAGAUCAACAUAUCUCCGACACCGAAAGCUGUCAGGGAAGCAGGAGAUGGUCUUCACAGUCUCAUCUCACUGAUUCUAAGCCAUUGUACAGAGCGUCAUCAUACCCUCAGGAGCAGCACCAGUUCUUCGCUGAACCUGUACUGGUACCAAGCUCGUCUCUGCCUUCGUUUUCUCCUGGUGGCGGCCAUAAUAAUCUACCCUCACCACGGCAACGUUCACAUCUCAAUCUUUCAUCUGGCAUUGGUAGUCCCCAGAUGCCCUUUUCAGAGCCAAACCUCUCACCUUUAUCAAAUAGCUCCAAUCUGCUUUUAGGUGGCAUCCCUCAUGGAUCUCGUUAUAGUGGAAACCGAACCCAAAUAGUCCAUCCUGGCUUAACCCAAUACACUCAGCCACAAAACCAAUGGGAUAACCAUACUUUACAUGUGGAUCACGCUGGGCUAUUAACGAAUAGUUUUCAACAGAAGUUGCUUCAAAAUGGGUUCUUAUCCCCGCAUUUUAUGUUGCCACAUUCUCUACGACAGCCUUCGUUCAAUCCUUUUGCACUCCAGCCAUACUUAUAUGAUACCCUCCCUUCUCAUCCACUACAUUUAAGUAAAUAUGGAGUUGCUGAUGUUAGAGAUCAGAGAUCGUCACAAAAGAGUAAACAUAGUGCACGUCUUUCCCGUCAGGGCUCUGAUAGCAGCAAUCAGAAGAGUGAUAAAUGCCGUAUACAGUUCAGAUCCAAAUAUAUGACAUCUGAAGAGAUUGAGGGCAUUCUUAAUAUGCCGCAUGCUGCAACACAUAGCAAUGAUCCAUAUAUAAACGAUUAUUAUCACCAAGCUCGUCUUGCCAAGAAUUCUUCUGAGUCAAGGUCCAAAAACCGUUUCUGGCCCGCUCAUCUGAGAGAUUCUCCACUCCGGAAUCGUAGCGGUUCUGAUUCACAGCCCCAUAUUAACGUUGAUUCUCAUGGAAGGAUUUCAUUCUCUCUCAUUCGUAGGCCUGAACCCCUUCUUGAAGUUGAUCCUCCAUCUGGUUCUGGUGAUGGUGGUUCUGAACAGAAAAGAUCUGAGAAACCCUUGGAACAAGAGCCAAUGCUUGCCGCUAGAAUCAUGAUCGAGGAUGGCCUUUGCCUACUUCUUGAUGUGGAUGACAUAGAUCGCCUCCUGAAAUCUACGCUGCCGCAAGAUGGUGGUUCUCAGAUGAGGCAGAGGCGGCAGAUUCUCUUAGAAGGCUUGGCAGCAUCACUUCAGCUUGUUGAUCCACUUGGAGUAAGUUCCAACACCUCCGCUGGAUUGGCUCCUAAAGACGAUAUCGUGUUCUUACGAGUAGCAUCUCUCCCCAAGGGUCGUAAACUCAUGUCUAGAUAUCUUCAACUUCUCUCCCCAAGCAGCGAGCUUGCACGAAUCGUAUGCAUGACCAUUUUCCGUCACUUGAGAUUUUUAUUUGGCGGCCUUCCUUCCGAACCCGGAGCGUCUGAGACCAUUACUACGCUAGCGAAGAUAGUCUCGUUAUGCAUCAGUGCAAUGGAUCUCAAUUCCCUGAGUGCUUGUCUUGCAGCCGUGGUUUGUUCUCCAGAACAACCACCACUUCGUCCUCUCGGAAGUCCGGCUGGCGAUGGUGCUUCCGUCAUCCUAAAAUCUGUUCUCGAAAGAGCUACGCAGCUGUUAACCGGUGUUAACUCCAGUUUGCAAAAUCCAACACUUUGGCAGGCUUCAUUUGAUGCGUUUUUCGGCCUUUUAACCAAGUACUGUUUAAGCAAGUACGAUAGUCUGGUGCAAGCUAUGUAUGCACAGAUUCCGCCAAGCACAGAGAUCGUCUUUUCUGAAGCUGCAAAGGCUAUUAGUAGAGAAAUGCCGGUGGAACUUCUUCGUGCUAGUCUACCCCAUACAGAUGAUAAUCAGAGGAAGAUGUUAGUCGACUUCUCUCAGAGGUCGAUGCAUGUUGCUGGAUUCAGUGGUCAUAAGGGAAGCGGUGGUCAGGUGACUCCUGAAUCAGUAAGAGGGUGACGGAGAAUGGUGUUGUGCUAAUUAUGGCAAAAUCAAUCAGCGCACAGAUGGCCUUUUUUAAAGUGUCUGCUAUAUGUACAGAAAUCGGAGUCAAGGCCAUGCAUAUGCCGUGCUUCAUCUAUAUGUGAAAGACGGUGGUUUAUGGUGAUGGUUGAAUCUCAAUUGCAUCGUCAUCCGCCAUUGAAGGGUGGUUUACGGCGGCGGAAGAUUUGUGAUGGAUGGUUAUGAACCUUAGAAAUUAUAAAGACUGUGUGUACUUGUUUCCCAUGUUUGGGUUAUGGUUGGUUUGGAUAUUUGGUG